AUGCGAGCCGGCAGGAAUGUGAAGCUUGCACUUGGAAAAACGGGUUCCUCGCGCCGAACCGCUUGCUCGGCUUUGCGUGCCUAUAAAGCUUUGAAAUGUUUUCCUUCGGCAUAAAAGUGACAAGGCAUGGAUAGGAUCGUUGUGCUGAAUGUUUUAAGCUGGGCGAGAGAGUUCAAGCGCCGCUCUAGCUACUCAACGCCGUCAUUGGUGGUCAUACCACCCAGAGCCUCCAGGGGGCGCUGUCUCUCCCAGGGGCUUCCUCCCCUUCCAUUCCGAGCGGGCCUUUGUUCCUUCCCACCGUUUCGUUCUCACCGGCGGGCGGGGCUUCCUCCGGCCCCGCCCCCACCCCUCCCGCCGAGGUCGGGCAUGGCGGCGCUCGGAGCUGGAGAGCGGAACAGCACCCGGGACCGGCUUCUGGCGGCGCUGGAGGAUCUGGAGCUCCUGGCCAGGGAACUGAUUGAAAUGUUGGCAGUUUCAAGAAACCAGAAACUUGCACAAGCUGGAGAGGAGAGCCAGAUCCUGGAUUUGUUGAUUCAAAGGGAUAAAGAGUUCCAGGAAUUAAUGAAAUUGGCUGUUGAUCAAGGUAAAAUCCACCAUGAAAUGCAGCUAUUGGAAAAAGUGGUAGUGAAGAGAGACAGUGAUAUUCAGCAGCUUCAAAAGCAACUGAAAGAAGCUGAGCACAUACUGGCCACAGCUGUCUAUCAAGCCAAAGAAAAACUCAAGUCAGUAGAAAAAGCAAGAAAGGGAGCAAUUUCAUCAGAAGAAAUAAUUAAAUAUGCUCACAGAAUUAGUGCUAGCAAUGCUGUUUGUGCUCCUCUCACAUGGGUGCCAGGUGAUCCAAGGAGGCCAUACCCAACAGAUCUAGAAAUGAGGAGUGGUCUGCUGGGUCAGAUGAACAAUCCAUCAGCAAAUGGAGUCAAUGGACACUUACCAGGAGAUGCACUUGCAGCAGGCAGAUUACCAGAUGUACUUGCUCCUCAAUAUCCCUGGCAGUCAAAUGAUAUGUCAAUCAACAUGCUACCUCCAAAUCACAGCAAUGACUUUAUGCUAGAACCUCCAGGACAUAAUAAAGAGAAUGAAGAUGAUGUAGAGGUUAUGUCAACAGAUUCCUCAAGUAGCAGUAGUGACUCAGAUUAGGGACUACAACUGAUUGUAUUUACUUUAGUGCUGAUAAAGCUUAUAAACAAUUAAAUGUGUAUGCGUCUGCUCUAAGCAUAACUAAUUCUGAAUUCAACACAGUUGGCAAGAGGGCUGGAGGUUACUGAGCUCAUUUCCAUUAGCUGUGACACAAUGUAUUUCAAUUUACCUUUAUUGAUAAAAUAAAAUCUGGGGAAAAUGUAAUGAGUACCAUUGGAAGUUGCGAAUCAUGGUUUUGCUUCAAAGUGGCCAAUAGCCACACUGCCUUCCAACUGUCCAGAGCACAUAUUUUGAGAGGCUUGGGGGAAGAAGUAACAGAACAUGCCAUCAACACUUUUUCCCCUUAUGGAAUCUCCAAAUCCAAUUUGCUGUCAGUCGUAUUAACACAGAAAAUGAGAGUUGAUGUAUAGACAUACUUGUUUUUUACUUAAUAUUUGUGAUUUGUUUCCAACUCAUUAGAUUGCAUAUAGUUUCUACAGAACAUGGUAAUAAACUCAUUUUGUAAUAUAAA